UUAAAGAGAACAAGCUGACAUCCGUACCAGAUUUGACAGGUCUUGAUACUGUUGUACUCUUACAAUUAAAUAAGAAUCGCAUCAAAGAUAUAUCAAGGCUCGCAACAUCUGGUAUUAAACACAUACUUGAGCUGUUGUUGUCCAACAAUGAGAUCGAUUAUCUUCCACCAAACAUAUUUCAAAACAUUUCCAUCACCGGAACCAUUGACUUUUCAUUCAACAAAUUGCAGUCCAUACCAGAUGGCCUAUUCAAUAAGCAAAAUAAAUUGCGAAUUCUGAUGAUUAGCUUCAACAACAUCUCCAACAUUAAUAAUCGUACUUUUAGUGGACUUUCAAGCUUGAAGACACUUAUGCUGAUAAAAAACAAACUGACAAAUAUUUCCAACGAUGUUUUUGAUGAAACUGCUUUGCAAUCAGUGUUUCUUCACAGUAAUGCUAUUAAAACCAUUGAAAGAGAAUCCUUCAGCCGACUCAACCUGAAACAACUCACAAUUUUUGAUAACCCAUUACACUCGUUACCAGAUGGAAUGUUUGACGAAAUGGACAAUAAUACCAAAGUAUCGUUGACAUGUAAAAACCUUCUUCAGCUGCCGAAAGGACAGUAUCAGUCAGUUGUUGAGUGUGCUCCCUCCACUUCAUUCCAAGUCCUUUUGACGGGAGACCAAUCUAGUUACCGAGAUGACUUUGAAAGUUCGGGCUUUGAGUGCCUUGAUUGUGAACCUAUUCAUGAGUAUGGAUCAAGAUGUCGUAAUUGCUCUCUUUGUCAAAUUGGUUACUUCAUGUACGCAAAAAAGAUCUGUGCCAAGUGUCCUGCAGGUGGCUUUUAUCAGGAUGAAAUGGGACAAAUUGACUGCAAAAGAUGCAGCAUCGGUACAUUUGUUUCUGAAAUUCAGCAUCCUGGGACUAGUUCUACGGACUGCGUGGCAUGUCCAUACGGUACGCUGUCCAACGAGACUGCUAAAUAUCGUGCAUGUAGAUGCCUUCAAAACUUUUAUCGCUCGGACCGUUUUGGCCCCUGCUCGGCAUGUCCACCAGAAGGCUUUGUUUGUGAGAAGGACACAGCGAUACUUGCACCUAACUACUUCUGGAAAUGGUCAAGUCAGUCUGAAAAAGAACUCUACAAAGGUUUUGUCAACAAUAUUCAUUUGUUUGGACCAGACUACAACAAGUCCUAUUCCACUUUUAAUACCCUACUUCCAAAGCCACUCAAAUGUCCUCGUGCCGAGUCCUGCAAGGGUGGGAUAGACUCUGAAUGCCGCCAGGGAUAUGAAGGAGAUCUAUGUGCAACCUGCUCUCACGGCUUUUAUUUCCGAUUUAACUCUUGCUUGAAAUGUCCUCGGUUAACUGUAACAGUUACUUCGUCCAUCUUGGUAAUUUUUCUGUUUGUUGCUGUGUUCUUACUGGUUCUUUGGGGCGACUCCAAACGUGCAGACAAUAACCGGACAGUUGCAGAUGUCAUCAUGUCGUGCUUUAAGAUUGUAAUUGGUUUUUACCAAGUCAUCGCCGGUAUUUUCUCGGCAUUGGCGAAAGUCCAUUGGCCAGUCAUUUUGAUCUCAACGGAGAAGUUUCUAAAAUUGUUUGAAGGGAACAUCUUACAGCUUGCUCCACUAAGCUGCAUUGAUUCUUCUUUACGGUUGGAUCAGCUUGGAAAAUUCACAAUGAUCAUUGCCUUGAAUUUCAUACUCGUUGGCUUGAUUUGUUUAUAUCUUUUCAUUAAAAGGCGCUACAUUACGAACAAGACAGACUGUGACGAAAGCCAAAAAAUAAAGAAAAUUAAAAGUUUGGAGAAAUCUUGCUAUCGGAACAUCUUCUUGUUGUUGUUGACCACGUACCCCACGACGAGCAAAUCGAUUAUUCAGAUUCUUCCUCUUCCGGGUGCGUGUGAAGAAACGUGUUUCACAGACGACAAGAACGACUGUAUUUUCCUGCUGAGAGCUGACUACUCCAUCCAUUGUUUCACUCCUCGCCACAGCUUGUAUUGGCUCAUGGCUUCUAUUUUGGCAUUAUAUCCCGUGGGAUUUCCACUUCUAGCCUUGUUUCUCGUUUAUAAAUAUCGCAAGUCCCAGGAAAACGAAGCAAUUGCUUUCGGACUUAGAGUGUUCUUUGAAAACUACAAAAAAAAGUUUUGGUUUUGGGAGGUCACAGAGAUGUACCGCAAGCUGGUUCUAAUCUCGUUGAUCUUUCUGUUUGGAUCUAAAAGCCUCUCGCAAAUCAGCCUUACAGUUCUGACAGUCAGCGUCUUUGGAGUGGUCUACACCUUAUUCCGACCAAUCAAGGAUAAGUUUGAAGAUCGCUUACAAACAUUGGUCCUGUGGAUCAUUUUCUUUGACGUUUGUCUUGGUGCAGUUUACACAAACUGGGAUGAGAGUCAAGACGGGGACAAGAACGACUCCAUCUUUGUGAAUGUCCUCUUCGUGGUCCUUAACGCCUCUGUAUUGUUGCUUGCCGUUGCAAAGGGAAUUCUACACGUGAAGCUACUUCGCAAGUACUUUUCCUGCUGCUCGAUGGGAUGUUCCAGUUAUCUUCGCCAAGGAUUUGCGCUUCUUAAGAAUGAAGCAGUCACCACAACAUCUGAGGAAUCAUACUUGAUUGAUAAUGGCACUUAACGAGCCUCGCCAAUAGAUCUUUUAUAAACCGUUGUAACAAAUCUCGAAAAAAAAAAAACAAUAGCAACAACAGAUAAAUAGUUGAGGGGGCCUGACCCUGAGCGGUUUGAUUACUUCAUUUAUGUUAAUACUGAUACUCUGAUCAAGCUUCAGCAUUAUCAGGCCGGGAAACUCAAGGGCUUUUAGCCAUUUUCCGAGCCCGGGGGUAGGGGAAUUUGAACCUUUCCUGCUUGGGUGGGGAAUUUGAACCAAAAGUGUCAAGUCUUGCCAGCGGGAUACAAUUGUUACAUCUCAAAUCGUCGAGGCGUUAAAAGGUAAAGAGUCAACUUUCGUAAACGAAUUUGGCGCAGAGGAAAAGGUCCACGGGCUGUGAGUUUUAAAGCAUGAUCAAUGUGUAGAAAGUCACGAUCGCUGAUCUUGCCUUUUACAAAGAAAGAAAAAGAAAAAGAAAAAACACAUUUAAACACAAUUCUGGACUUGCGAGCGGGAAUUCGAAUAAACCAAUCUUUGAAGGAGGGGGAGGGGGAGAGAGGAGGAGGGGAGAAGGAUGUUGAAACUUCGAAUUGAUCAAGGCAUUACAUACAUUGAAAUACAAAUUGGUAAGCCUUUGAAGUUACCAAACCUGGUUUAAAAAGCAACUGUGUCCGUGCAAGGCAGCCACUUGAUGUUGCUCAUCAUAGGAGUUGAAUUCUGUAAUCUAGUAUAUUAAUAUCAACAUUAUUUUGAACUAAGUAAAAGCAUUGGCUAUGGCACUUAGAUUGGUGUUGACAAUGUCAUUAACAUAUGAUGCACGAUCCUCGCAGUAGAGGAUACUGCGAGGAUCGUGCAUCACACGUAUCUAAUACCGCAGUUCAAAAUAUAUGACCUUCAUAUAUUCAUUGUAACCAAAUGUCAUUAACAUGAGCUGAAAUAAUAAUCAGCGCACGUAUUUGUGUUUAUAUCAAUUUUGAAAAAAACGAGAAACAGCUCAAUUUAGACGGAAAUUUGCGGUGUGGCAGAUAUACAAGAUUUUGUCUUCUUAAAAAUAAUGUAUGGCAAGCUAAACAUAGCUUGACGGCGGUUAAACCAUUCCUUAAUAAAAGGUUUACUGUGCAAGAGGGCGGGCAAUGAAAGGAUACGGAAAUAACGUGAAAAUAUAGAAAAGUUAGAAUUUUGCUAGGUAUUAUUGAAAUAUAGGAUAGUAUAUUGCCGUUUCUCUUCAAUUUAUGAAAUCAUAAAACGGCCAACAUUUUUUUUGCAUGUCGUAGCUACUUUCAAAAUAACUGUGAAGAAAUUGUUAAACGUUUCUUUGCAUAAUAGUCUUGUAGCUUUAAAUUAAUACCUUUGAAUAUUCUUACUAAAAAAUCUCUGCAGCUAUACUGCUGGCAAAGCGGUCGAUGCGCGAAGCGCGUAUUAGAAGGUGUAUCGUAGUGCUUACGGACCCCUUGCAGACUUUUAAUUUCAUGCACUCACAUCUCUCGCCGGCCUUGAAUCUCGCGGUUUUGUCCAGCUAAUGACAGGAAUACAAAACAAAUGUUCUCGUUUUCCGUGUUGAUUGUUGUACCAUAACACUUUUGAAAGUGUUUCGUUAGGUGUGGUUAUGCUACGACUAAGUCAUAAAUGAAAUGUUUUGUAACCAUAACGAGCGGAGAAGCAUGUCUAUUGAUAUGUGGGCUGUUGAAACACCGAUCAUAAAUUGUCCUAUACUGUGUGAUUCUAUCAAACCAAAGUUUUGCACUUAGUGUCUGU